UGCUGCGUUUGAGGUUUGCACCGCCCCAGAGCGCCAAACAAGUCCAGCCCUCCUCUUCGGAUGGAAGUUCUGGGCCGUCGUCUUUCCGCGUAGUUUCCGUGCUCGCUUUGCGCUCCCCACAAGCGAAAAAAAUGCGGCUGCGGGCGGCCACGUCGUCACUCGGCCGGAGGUGGAAGAGCCACGCGGCGGCGUUGGCGUUCAUUCCCGAGGCUGCGGGCUUCCAGGGGGUGCGGGACCGCGCGGGGCUCCAGGAGUUCUCCGUCGCCCGCAAGGAGCGCUUCUGGGGGGCCGUGGCGCGCCGCCGCCUGGACUGGAUCAGCCCCUUCCGAGGCGUCCUGGACUACGACGCGGAGCGGGGCAAAGUCAGCUGGUUCGAGGGUGGACGCCUGAACGUCUCCGUGAACUGUUUGGACCGCCAUGCACGCAGCAGCCCGGAGAAGGUGGCCCUCAUCUGGGAGAGGGACGAACCCGGAUCCGAGGUCAAGGUCACUUACAGGCAGCUUCUGGAGAUGACCUGCCGCACGGCCAACCUGUUGAGGCGGCGCGGCGUCAAAAAGGGCCACUGCGUCACCAUCUACAUGCCGCCGUGCCCGCUGGCCGUGGCGUCCAUGCUGGCCUGCGCUCGCGUGGGGGCCGCCCACAACGUGGUCUUCGCGGGAUUCAGCGCCGAGGCCCUCGCCGAGCGAAUCCGAGACGCCCGGUCCAGUACGGUGAUCACCGUCAACGAGAGCGUGAGGGGCGGCAAGGUGACCCGGCUGAAGGCCACCGUGGACCAGGCGGUGCGCGACUGCCCGACGGUGCGCCAGGUUUUUGUUGCCACGAGGACGGACACGCCGGUCGCUAUGACGCCCAAGGACGUUGCCAUGGACGAGGAGAUGAUGACGGAGGACGCCGCGUGCGAGCCGGAAGCCUUGGACAGCGAGGACGUCCUGUUCCUGCUCUACACGUCGGGCAGCACCGGGAAACCCAAAGGUCUGGUCCACACGCAGGCCGGAUACCUGCUGUAUGCCGCGCUCACGCACAAGUACGUCUUCGACUACCGCGACGGAGACGUGUUUGGCUGCGUGGCGGACAUCGGUUGGAUCACGGGACACAGUUACGCCGUGUACGGACCCCUGGCCAACGGGGGCACCAGCGUCCUGUUCGAGAGCACCCCCGUUUAUCCCGACCCAGGACGGUACUGGGAGACGGUGGAGCGGCUGAAGAUCAACCAGUUUUACGGCGCCCCGACGGCCAUCCGCCUGCUGCUCAAGUACGGUGACGAGUGGGUCCGCAAGUACGACCGCUCCAGUCUCAGGACGCUUGGAUCCGUGGGCGAGCCCAUCAACACGGAGGCGUGGGAGUGGUACCACAGCGUGGUUGGAGAGGGCCGCUGUCCUGUGGUGGACACCUGGUGGCAAACGGAGACGGGCGGCAUCUGCAUCGCGCCGAGGCCGUCGGAGCCGAACGCGGAGAUCGUCCCGGGGAUGGCCAUGAGACCUUUUUUCGGCAUCCAACCGGCGCUCAUGGACGAGCAGGGCAAAGUGGUGACGUCCAACGACGCCUCGGGGGCGCUGUGCCUCGGUCAGCCGUGGCCCGGCAUGGCCCGCAGCAUCCACGGCGACCACCAGAGAUUCGUGGACACCUACUUCAAGACGUACCCCGGUUACUUCUUCACGGGGGACGGCGCCCAUCGCUCCGAGGAGGGCUACUACCAGAUCACGGGGCGCCUCGACGACGUCAUCAACGUCAGCGGACACCGGGUCGGCACGGCCGAGAUCGAAGAUGCGGUGAACCAAUGCUCGGCGGUGGCGGAGUCGGCCGUCGUUGGCUGCUCGCAUCACAUCAAAGGCCAAGGCGUGUACGCCUUUGUGGUGCUCAAGCAGAACGCCCAAGAAGCGGACCUCGCCUCGCAGAUCAACGCCGCCGUCUCCGGCAAGAUCGCCAAGUACGCCUGCCCCGACCACAUCCAGUUUGUGCAGCGCCUCCCAAAGACGCGCUCGGGCAAGAUCAUGCGUCGGGUUCUGCGCAAGGUGGUGGAGCGAGACCCGGGGGGCCUGGGCGACCUCAGCACGCUGGACGACCCCGCCGUCGUGCAGGAGAUCGUCAGAGGUCACCGCGACCUCUGCGGGGGUCUUGAAGAGCAAAAGUGAAGAUUUAAGCGGUCCC